AAAUCGAGCAGACCUGUGUCGCUCCGUAGAGCGAGUGCCCCCAAAUAAAAAAAGAAUUAUACGAAAUUCCGCCUGUGUUAGGAGCAGAAAAAAGAAUAAUUUUAAACCAACAUACACAAUCAGUUAGUUUCCACCGACAGUCCGCAGAAACCAUUCGACGGCAACGGAACGGGCGCGCGAUUGUCGGCAAUCCGAAAGUUAGCCAAAUAUUAUUGUUCAGACACACAGAGGGCGUUGAUAAAAGAUCACCCAGCCGGGUGUUCUGAAAUCAGUGAAAUUCUGUGUGAAAAGUCGGUUCAAUUGAUUCGAAAUUAGUAAAAAAGCCCAGCGAAUUUCACCAGCUGGAGCAACCGAAGUGACCCACCGAACAAAUCGAACCCAACCAGCCAAUCGAUCGAUCGAUCGAUCGUGUAAAAGGACUUUCGGUUUCGUUGCGAGUGCGUGGUAAAGCGCCGGAAAGGUGGAUCCCCGGCAAACGAGGACUUUUUGCGGAAUAAAUCCGAGAAAACAGCAGUGGCACCAAUAACAACAACAGCCGGAGCAUCGUCACAGAUUUUGGCUCUCCCCAAGCAUCAACUUCUGUCUGCACUUGGUAUAUGUACUUAACUAUAUAUACUUAUCUAUACGCACAGAUAUAUAAAACAAAAACGAUCGAUUCUCGUGCCCGCGCGUGUGACUGUGUGCGUUCCCAUGUUGCAUAUAUGUGUGCACAGGAAAAUAUAUAUCUAGUAUAUCUCUAGAGCCGACUGUUGCGACGACUUUUCUAUAUAAUCGGCUAGUGAGCACGCAGACAGCGAAAAGGUGCACGAAUACAGGCAAACAGAUGCGGGUAUAUACGCAUAUGUAUUGCAUAUAUAUCUAGCCAAAGCCAAAGUAGAAGAUAUAUAUGCGUAUAAGCUGAACGCGGCGCACUCUGCUCUGUUUUUUCUUUUAUAAUUACUUUUGUCUAAAAUUAGAAGACGUGUGUGUUGUGUGUGCCCCGUCCGUGUAUCCGUAUCCGUGAGAUACGCGUGAGUGUCCGCGUCUGCUAUAUCGCACAUCAUCAUCGCCGAACCACCAUCAUCAUCGUCAUCAGAGAUCACCAGCGAUCUGCGGCGGUGUGUGUGCCAGAAAAGACUGCUCGUGAAUCAGACUACGGCUGCGACUACGACUGCGACUACGGCUACGGCCAUAUAGACGGCAGAUCGCGUAUACGGCCAGACAAACAUUAUCGUAUAUCUGGCGGCGAGGAUUACAAUUACAAGAGCAGCAAAAGCAGAGCAAAAGCACAGCAGCAGCAGCAGCAAAAGCAAAGCAGCCGAAGCUAAAGCCGAAUACGAGUAUCUCGAGUACGAGUACAACCGAGCCCCAAUCCGCAUCCGAACCCGAGUCGAGACGAUACGAUACGAUACGAGACGAUCGCGCGCGUGAAAAACCUCGUGAAGAAAAGCGCUGCGAGAAAAGGGGGGAAAAAUCAAACGCCACGCGACCUUAGGCCCGUCCAAUUGGGGGGCGUGCAGCGGGGCGUGGCCGUGCGUCGACUCCUAGCGAUCGCUCAAGUGAAACGCGGCGAAAUUCUGGGCAGAUAACAAAAAAUGAGUCACCAAAAAAGCAGCAGCAACAGCAACAGCAGCAGCAGCAGCAACAGCAGCGACAACAUCAAACAACCGAGUGCGGCCAAGUGUUCAUAAAUUAAUGCUAGGAAUACAGUGUUGUGUUAGACCAGUCCGAAAGACACUAUCCCCCUCUCUCUCACCCUCGAACAGUCCGUCUCUCUCUCGCCCCUGCUGUCGCUCAAAAUGCUACGAAACUAUCGAAAGUAUUUGCAGGAUAAACGGAAAUACGACAAGCCACAGCGACGAGGCAGCGAAGGAUACAUUUGUCACGUUUAGGCAGAUUGCAAGCACCCAGGAUCGAGGAUACAUCAACCCCCCAGCAGCAGCAGCAGCAGCAGCAACUCGCAGCAAUACGCAGCAGCAGCAGCAGCAACACUCGCUAUCGAGAUUUUGUACAUAAAGUCGGGGCAAUAGCAACAACAACUUUGGAGGACGCCAUGUAUGCGCAACAUUUGCGCAAAUGGAGUCUAAAAACAAAAAAGCAACUAAUGCCAUUGAUAUUGCUAAUUAUCAGCUACAUGUUGCUACUAAACACAUGUGUGUUGUCGUCGGCGGCGACACAGCUGCAGCAGCAGCAACAGCCAAGAUUAUGGGAAGGCAGUGCCGAAGAAAGCAGCUACUAUAUACCACUGAGUUCGGAUAAUGGCAGCGGGAGCAGUGAAAGCAGCAGCAUCAGCAGCAGCAGCAGCAACAUCGACAACAAUAUCUUAAGUAGGCUGCUCAGCCUCACCAGCAAUAGUCUUAGUAGCCGUAGCAAUGUUAAGUUAGAGCCAGCAACAGUAUUCGACGCCGGCAGCAGUUCAGCCGCUCAGCAGGAGCAACAUGUUGCUGCCGUGCCAGAGCAGCAGCAGCAGCAACAGCAGCAGCAGCAGCAGUCAAUGCAAAAUGUUCCAAAUACGUUAAUCAAUAGUCAAAUAUAUAACUUAUUAUACAAUGGCAUGCCCAGCGAGGCGGCGAGCAGUAAAAUGCGUCGUCACAUCCAACCAUCACAGCUGCAACAUCAGCAACACCAGCCACACCAGCAGGAGAGCUUAGCCCGAUUGCCGAGCAACUACAGCAGUCGGGCGGUGCAGAGCUAUCUGAUAGAGUCCUUCGAAGUGCCAGACAGCCAGGCGGAGGAUCGCAGUCAGGAGCAGGCGGCGCGAAGUCGGCGGGACGGCAGCAACACCAGCGUCGGCCGGCAGCAACAUCGCCCCGGCCACCGGCAGCAGUUGCAGCAGGACAAGCGCGAUCAUCGCCGCCAGCGGCAGGAUCAACGGAAGGAGCAGCAACACCAGCACAGGAGCAACAACAACCAGCAGAACAAGCAGCGCAGGAAGCACCAGCGGAAGCACUGGGGCCACCAGCGAUCCGAGCGCUACUGCUCCGCCCGGGAUCCCGCCCAGUUGGCCUAUGCGGCGCCCACCGUCUUCCAGGGCGUCUUCAAGUCGAUGUCCGCCGAUCGACGGGUCAACUUCUCGGCCACCAUGAAGGUGCAGAAGGUGUACAAGCAGCAGCACGACCUCCAGCUGCCCACGCUGGUGCGCCUGCAGUUCGCGCUGAGCAACAACAGCGGCGAGUGCGACAUCUACAGGGAGCGCCUGUUGCCGCGGGGCCUGCUCCGGUCCGGGAACGAUCUGCAGCAGGCCUCGGAUAUAUCCUACAUGAUGUUCGUCCAGCAGACGAACCCGGGCAACUUCACCAUCCUCGGCCAGCCCAUCAGGGUCACCCACUCGGUGGUGAAAUCGGUCAAGAUGGCUGUGAGCGAAAAUUAUGCACAGAACGCAUCGAUCACGUCGAUCACCUCGGUGCCGAAUAACACCACCAUCGAGCACGGCCGGGAGCUGAGGAUCGUCUGCAAGGUGUCGGGCCAGCCGCCCCCGAAGGUCACCUGGUUCAAGGACGACAAGUCCAUCAAUCGCAAGCGCAACGUUUACCAAUUCAAGCACCACAAAAGACGUUCCGAGCUGAUCGUGCGCUCCUUCAAUAGUUCCUCCGAUGCGGGCAAGUACGAGUGCCGGGCCAAGAACAAAGCCAGCAAGGCGAUCGUCAAGCGCCGCAUCAUGAUCAAGGCCUCGGCAGUUCUCUUUCCGUUGGACCAGUCGCGCAGCUCGGGCACCCCCUGUCACUUCGAAUUCUGCUUCCAUGGCGGCACCUGUAUGAUGAUCGCAGAUCUGAACGCGGUCUUCUGCAGGUGCCCAACCGAAUUCUUCGGCGAACGUUGCGAGAACAGUAUGCCCGACAGUAGGUACAGCAAUAGUAACUCUCCCGAACCAUGCAAAAAUUAUCAUGGAGGUUAUUACUGCUAAAAUAGGCACUUCUAUAGCAUCGAUUGUUUUACGUCGAGUCAAACGCGAUUUAUGCACAAAACCGAAACCGAACUCAGUGCCCAUACCAAAAUAAUGAAUAGCAUAACAUACAAUAAAGUAAAGUUAAAUGAAAAACACAGCUACACACUAAAAUAGAGAAAGCAAACACAACGAAAUUCCCAUUGCUAUCCUUCCACAAGAGAACUUUCUGCAGAACAGCUGAAACCGGAGAAAGUGAAAGAAACCAAAUAUAGUUGAUAAACCAUAAAGCGACACAGCCACACCCGACCACAUAGACAGAAAGUACAAAUACAGUAUGCAGAAUCGGACCCAAACCCAAACUCCAGACCCCAAUCACACACUCCACACCCCACACCCCACACACCACACACCACACGCCCACUAUCAGUCACUUUGAAAACGACGAACUAAAAGUUUUAUUAGAGAACACAUUCCAAAAAGAAACAAAGUAAAGUCUUAAUAACGAACACAAAGAGUAACAAAAUAAAUAACUAACGAAGUUGUUCAUAAUAUUUAUUAUGUUGUUAACUAAAAACCAUAUUAAGAGCAAUCACUUAAAGCGAGAAACGAGAAAAAUCAAAUAAUACGAAUAAAAACAAAGGGUGCUAUAGAAGGUUUAUUUUAAAUAGUCUUAAAUAGGAAUUUAAUUUCAACUCACUCAUCACACAAACCACACACCAACAAAAACCACAAGUAAAUGUAAAAACAGCAAAACAAAACAAAAUUAUCAAGCAACUUGGACGGACGGACAGGAGAUCUGGCGGACGGACAACCGGACAAUCGACAUUUCACCCACGAAGUACCGAGAAACUUGUCGAAUCCUUUGGCUCAGCCCACAUUUACUCACCCCACAACACAAUAUGAAUAUCCAGAUUACGAUAACAAUCAACAGAGGCUCUCUUAAGUUAGAUACGAAUAUCCAUACGCAUAACCGAUGGCAAGUUCGCCAAAACCCACUCACCCACAAAAGGCAAUGUACUGACUAAACAAUCGAAACGGGAACUGAAUUUUGUUUUGUUUUCAAUGUAAUUUUUGUAGUUUGCAAAUAUUAACAAGGAAGAACGCUAUAGUCGAGUGCCUCGACUAUCAGAUACCCGUUACUCAGCUUGAGGGAGCAAAAUAAAAAUUAGCAGAAAAGAAAUAUUGUACAUGUUAAGGGGCGGCAGACAGUUUUAAGCGUUUUAUCCGCUUGGGGGUGUUAGAGUGGGCGUGGCAAAUACUUUGUUCGGUCAUUCGAAAGGUUUUAUUAACCAAAUACUUUUUAGCAAAAAAAAAUUCUAGUAUGACAACUGUUGCCACCACAGUUUUGGGCGAUUUGUGGGCGUAGCAUUUUUUUCGGUCAUUUGAUAGUUAUUUAUAAGGCAAAUACAUUUUAGCAAAACAAUUUUCUAGCAUGACAAUUGAUGAGACAAAUACAGUUAAAAUGUUUUUCAAUCUUAAAAACUGUGGGCGCUACAGAUAUUUGCGGAUUGUGGGCGUUAUCUCUUAUAGUUUCCGCGAUGUCAGCGUUCUUACGGACGGACAGACGAACAUGGCUAGAUCAACUCGGCUAGUGAUCCUGAUCAAGAAUAUAUAUAAUAAAUGGGGUUGGAAACGCUUCCUUCUGCCUGAUACAUUUUUUCUGACGAGUAACGGGUAUAAAAACAAACCACAUUCAAUAACUCAUAAUACUUAAUGAUUUGCCAUUACUUUUAGUUACUACUCGUUAUUAGACAUUAACCAUUGGCUGUAGAUUUUGACAAACCAAAAAACACCGGAAACCCCCAAUUAAAAUCAAACAAACCAACAUUCAUUCAUUCAUUCUGCUCCUUGUUUACUUUUAUUGGUGAUUGUUUUUUUUUGUAUUUUUUCUUUUGACUAAUCUCUUGCGUUUCCGAUUUGGGUAACUCUGUUCACUAUUACUUCCUUAGUUUGUGCUCGUCUCCUCUAAAAAAAUUCCACGGCAAAGAGAGAUCUUGUGUGAGCUCGAUUGGUCCAAAAACAAACUUAUUUCCAAGCUGUUCUUGCUAAAAAACCUUCUCUUCAAUAUCCUCUGCAUGGAAUUCUUUCCUUCGAGAGCGCAAUUGGAUGCUUGUAGUUGCCCCUAUUUGUGGAAAUGGUUGUUAGCCAGCUUUUAGUUAACAGUAAAUGAAGAACUGAAAGAUUAAUUUUUAAUUUUAUUUAUAAUUUAAUCUUUUCACAGAUAUUUUGUUGCAAUCUACGGCCAAAUACAUACCUUAAAUAACGACUAUUAAUGCAUAGAAUUUUGUUUCAUUAUUUUUAUGAUUUUAAAAACCAAACGAAAAACAAAAAAUCGAACUGCCUGCACUCCAAAACGUCGACAAUUGUAAUUUUUACGUUUUUUAAAAAUUAGAGUAUUUGUUGCACCAGCAGACCAAGCCCAAAAACCCAUCACCGUUCUCAAAGUUUGCAACUACAAAGAAAACAUAUCCGAAACCGAAAACAUUUCAAAAUUCGUACGAUUCCCCCAGCCCAGAGUUCCUUCUUCUUCCCGAGCGAAAAGUUCCAGAUCCAGACUGACUUUAGCUACGCUUGUUUUCGUGCACGGUGACAGAAUAUCUUAAAUGUAUAAAUCUGAUGUAUGCAAUCUGAGCAGAAACUUUAUUUAUUUAUUGUACGAAAGAUCAAAUCGAAGACCGAAGUUUGAAGUUCAAAGUUCGAGAGAAAAGCAUUACCGAUUCGACCCUGACUCUGACACUGUUGCGCUUUUGUUGUUGUAUCAUAGACAAUACUUUUAAAAUGAGAACAAAGGUUGACGUAGCCGAGAACUUUGUAAUAAAUCCUGUAAAUAGCUCUCGUUUUAACUAACGAUAAGUUUUGUGUACAUUUCAACUAAGUUAAUGCAAGCCCUUCUUUAACCAUAAUUUAUUGUAUUUAAUUACACCAAUAUUAAACGUAACUCUAGCUUUAAGCCCACACACCCCCACACACACAGAAACACCCCAACACAAACACUAUAAAGCUACUUAAUUUCGAAAUACUAUUUUAUUUGUCCUCGUUUUUGAUUUGCGUAAUUUUAACACCGAAAUAUGUAAAAUGGCAAAUUAGUUAUUUUUUCGCAAUGUGUAUGUUGACAUCAGUUUGUAUGGCUAGGCGUAAAGGCAAGAACGUGCGUAGAGAUUAUUUUUAAUUAUUUUAAGUGGCAAAUUUUUUAUAUAUUUAAUUAUUGAAAGAUUUAUACCAAAAAUACCAUGUAAAGUUUAAUUUUAAUUUAAAACAAAAACGAAAAAAAAAACAAAACGAUGCGUAAGAAAAAAAUUUAAUUAAAAACUUGCAAAUAAUUCACAUUUUACAAAAA